AUGAAGCAGGCUUUGAAAAGUGUCCAAAUUGAGGCUUCAGCGCAUUCACGUGAGAAAUUUUUAUCUGAUCUUCGAAAGGCACGAGAAACUCAAGAUGUUGCUGAAGCUAAUCGCUUUCUCGAUAAAAUGAGACAUCGUCUGGAUAAUCCGGAUGUCCUAAGUGUUGACACACUUUAUCAGUUCAUGCUAAGCUACAGGGACUAUCAGAAUUACGAUGCGAUGAUAAGCCUUUACGAUGAUCUCAGCCGGAUUGAGAACUGCUCCAUUGUAAAUGCGCAGGCUAUCCGCUUUCUUUAUGCCUUUGCGCUUAAUAGACGUAACGAAGAGGGUGAUCGUGAUCGAGCUUUGCAAACGGUAUUGCAAGUAACUUCCAGUUGUAUCGAUGGUGCUGCCGUAUCGCCUGAUAUAAUUUGUUUAGCGGGACGUAUCUACAAGGACAAAUUCAUCACUAGCAAUUAUGAAGAUCGUGAAUCAUUGGAUAAAGCAAUUGAGUGGUAUCGACGAGCAUUCGAUCUAUCUCCAUUAGAAUACUCAGGAAUAAAUUUGAUAACGUUGUUGCGUGCUCGUGGCGAAACAUUCGAAAAUAAUAGUGAAAUGCAACAAAUUGCUGUUGUACUUAACAGUUUACUUGGAAGAAAGGGUGCUUUGGCGAAUUUAACCGAAUAUUGGGAUGUGGCCACCUAUUUUGAGGUUUCGGUAUUAGCUGACGAUUACCCCAAGGCAUGCCAGGCAGCAUUGAAAAUGGCAAUUUUGAAACCACCCAUUUGGUUUUUGAAAUCAACAAUGGAAAAUAUAAAAUUAUUGAAUCGUUGCGCGGCAACAAUGUCACCGGUAGAAAAAGAAAAACAACAAUUUUUAUUUUGGUCGGAAUUUUUCAUGGAAGCUAUUGAUUCGGAGAAUGAAAUUGUUUGCGGGCGUUUCCCAGUUCUUAUUCAGGAAGUUACAAAGCAAUACACACCGAGUUUUUUGACACUGAAUGUAAGCGAAGGUUCGAUAAUUCUCAGUCAUGUGCUAGAGAGUAGUCAGCAAAAGAAACCUCCUCCGGGCAUCCAUCGGUGGCAUUUCACUGCCGCAAAUAUUAAAGCAGUUUCCGCAUCCAAACGUGAUGAUCGUUCAAUGUUCCUUUACGUCCACGAAAAUUCAGAUGACUUCAAUUUAGUAUUUCCAUCCGCUGCUCAUUGCAAUAAAGUGAUGGCUUCAUUAAUCGAAAUGACUAAUGAAUUGGAUGGUAAUGCAGGCCGCGUUUUGCACGACUGUGAAGCGCAGAAUCGCUUGGAGUUCGAGUACGAAUUAACAAACAAUGGUGAUCGUGUGGUACUUGGUCGUGGGACGUAUGGCGUUGUUUAUGCUGGAAGAGAUUUGUCAACACAGAGAUCGAUAGUGGUAAAAGAAGUAGAAGUUAAAAAUGAAGAGGAAGUGCAACCGCUGAUGGAAGAGAUUCAAUUACAUUCGACCCUUUCACAUCAGAAUAUUGUGCAGUAUCUUGGAUGUAAAUUAGUCAAAAAAGAUCAAGGGAAUGAUAUUUUUCAAAUUAUCAUGGAGCAAGUCCCUGGAGGCAGUUUAAGUUCGUUAUUGCGAAGCAAAUGGGGUCCAUUGUUAGAUAAUGAAAAAACAAUGGCUAUAUACGGCAGACAGAUACUCGAUGGCUUGCGCUACUUACACGAUCAGAAAAUAGUUCACCGUGACAUAAAGGGAGAUAAUGUAUUGGUGAAUACGUACAGUGGUGUUUGUAAAAUAUCCGAUUUUGGUACAUGCAAAAGAUUGGCUGGUCUAAAUCCGGUAACGGAAACAUUCGCUGGAACCUUACAAUAUAUGGCUCCAGAGGUAAUCGAUCACGGACAGCGGGGAUACGGUGCACCAGCAGAUAUUUGGAGCUUUGGUUGUACAAUGGUUGAAAUGGCUACGGGACGGCCACCAUUUGUUGAACUCGGCUCACCACAAGCAGCAAUGUUCAAAGUGGGAAUGUUCAAGACUCAUCCUCCAAUACCAGAUGGUUUGAGCGAACGGUGUAAACGAUUUAUUUUAAGGUGUUUUGAGCCCGAUCCACGAAAACGCGCUACAGCAGCAGAAUUACUGAUGGAUCCGUUCAUACAACACUUAAUACCACAUUCAAAUCGAACUGGAAGUGCUAAUAAAAAACACUUCGAAGCAUGGAAAUAUAAUCGAGAAAUGCAGCGCUCAGUGUCGUACAUGGGUACCCAAGGAGAACCAGGCAAAGAUACUGAAACGGGGAAAAAUUUACAUUUGUUAAUUGAAAGUAUGACAGCUCCACGUCUUACAUCAUGUCAAGUGGAUCAUAAUACUAUCAGCCCAAAUUCGUGCAAUUUACAAUUAAAUGAUAGUACUCACCCGCAAUUGAAUUCGUCGUCAUUGUUUGGUAGUCCUUUGGUGAAUGGGGCUAUUCCAUCCUUUAUAAAUCCAAGUUCGUUAAAUCGAACUGCUUCCGAUGAAAGUGGAAUGUCUUCUCGUUUCUUUAUGCUUAAGAAAGAUUCCGAACGGCGCAAUACUCUGGCUCGUUUCAUGUUGGAUUAUAAAAUCGAAAUUAUUGAUAACUGGUAUGAACAUCUUACAAAGAGUCAACUUGCGGGUGAUUUAGUUGUCACGAAGGAGAUGCUGUUGACUUUGCUGCUUGGCAUGCGUAAUUAUUUAUUUUCAAAGGAUACUGCUCCUAUUCAGGACGCAAUUGAUACGGUUCGAGCGCAGCUUGAUUUCGAGCCUGCCGCAAUAUCACAAGUUAAUCUUGCUUUGUAUGGUUUUUCGGAAGCAGUACAACCAUCACUUCGUCAGCAAACCAUUAAACCACAUUGGAUUUUCGCCCUCGAUAACCUGAUACGUAGCGCUGUGCAAGCUGCUGUUAGUAUUCUUUCCCCAGAUCUGUCAGCAAUGUUGGUUCAGGAUGCACCGGAUAAUCGUAUGUCCUCGAUAUCUCGUGAAAGUGGCGGCUCUCAUAGUGAACAUUCAACUGUGGAUAGCCAGUCGUGUUCUGCAUCCCGUGGCAUUACACGAGAAUCAAUGUGGGGUAAUUUUUCACCGGAAAUGCGGAAAGAGAUGCGGGCAUUAGUUGAUGAAAAUAGAAGGUUAUUUGAGGAAUUGGUUGCUGUUGAACGUGAAUAUAACGAACUACUUCAGACUACUCUUAAAGAGAAAAGAUUACGUGUAGAACGUUUGUCUGAUUUGUUGUCUGAUAAGGAUAAUAUGCUGCAUAAUCAACAGUUGCUAGCACUACCGUCAUUAUCAUCGGGUUUUCCCUUAUCAUCGUUUUUGAUGCAAACCAAAACGGGUUCUAAAUCUUCGCCAAUAUGCACACCGGGCAGUUCUCAGCCCUUGGAACAAGAACCAUUCAAUCAUGUCGAAACUUCUUCAAAUGUUCGGGAUAAUGAGUUAGCACAAUGGUUGCGUUCUUUCGGAUGUGAUGAUACUACAGUUAGGCGAAUUCAGGAGGAAGAAUACACGAAGCAAGAUCUUCUCGACUUUGUUACUCGAAAAGACUUGAUGAGACUUAAUCUGAGAGGUGGUAUAGUGUGCCGCAUUUGGCGAAAAAUUUUGCAAAGUCGUGAACGCGAACGGUUUUCCGGUUUUUCAAGUCCAACAGGUUUUCAUUCGAGGCAUAACUCAUCAGAGGAUUUUCAUUCAAUGCCUAAUGAUCAAGAAAUAUUCACCGUUACCGAAUUAAGCAACAUAUGA